UUGAACAACUUUUGUUUUUAUGAAAAAAAAAACUUUGUUUCAGGUGUGUUUGAUGUUAAAACAGAUGAAGUGAAGUCAGUAUCAGUGCUGGAGGGAGAUUCUGUCACUUUACACACCGAUGUUAAAGUACAGAGAGAUGAUCAGAUACGGUGGACGUUUGGACCUCAAAACACUCGAAUAGCUGAAAUCAUUAAAAGGGACCAAAUAAACUUUAUUUUUGUCAGUAAUGAUGGGAGAUUCAGAGACAAACUACUGAUGGACAAUCAAACUGGAUCUCUGACCAUCAGAAACAUCAGAUCUGAUCACACUGGACUUUAUGAACUGACUGUCAUCAUCAGUGGAAAAACCUCAUUGAAGAGCUUCAGUGUUACUGUGUAUGCUCCUCUUUCCAUUCCUGUGUUCACCAGUAACUCUUCAAACUGUUCUUCAUCAUCAUCAGGAUCAUCUUCAGUGUCCAGAUGUUCACUGCUGUGUUCAAUGUUGAAUGUGAGUGAUGUGAGUCUCUCCUGGUACAAAGGAAACAGUUUAUUGUCCAGCAUCAGUGUGUCUGAUCUCAGCAUCAGUCUCUCUCUACCUCUGGAGGUGGAAUAUCAGGAGAAAAACACCUACAGCUGUGUGCUCAACAAUCCCAUCAGCAACCAGACCAGACAUCUGGACAUCAUUCAGCUCUGUCACACAUGUGCAGAACAGAGCCAGCAUUCGUAUGUGAUUCUAAUGAUAAUAGUCAGUGUGUGGCUGUUGGUGUUCAUGUCUGCUGUUAUAAUGAUGUACUGCUGCUGCAGGAAAUUGUGUCAAGCACAACAAAAGGAACAGCAAAACAUGUCAGAAUACACACAGAUCAUCUACUGCCUUCAGAAGGAAGAUCUGCCAGAGUGUGGUCAGGAUGUGGUUUGUAAGCGAGAGAUG